CUUAGCCACCAAUGCAUAUAAAUGAGGGAUAAAAUCAUCUCUAAAGUGCACUAAAACUUUGGGAAGAGGGUAAUUACACCUCAAAUAUGACUUUGAAGUAGGUUUCAGAUCAUUCCUCAAGUAUGGAAACGUGUACCGUGAGUCAGGGGGCGCAGCACAUAACAAAACUGACAAUAAAUCAAGAAUAAAUACCAGAAAUACAGAUAUAGAUCAGGAAAAAAUGUUGUGCAGUUAAAAAAAAACCCUAAUUUGAUGGACAAAGUUCAUGAAAGUAAAUUAAGAAAGUGCAGUACAAGAACUCGGUCUCUAUCAGCGGGCUGGAAACGGUGAUGGGGGAGCGUUCCUUUUGGGGUUGCUGCUGAUGAAGGAGAAUGCGUAGUUGAGGAGGAGCUUUCCGCCAUCGCUAACUAGCUUGUUCUCUCCCGAUGUGAAUUAAUCUGAGCCCUCCAUUUUAAUUCAAUGGUGAAAAGGUGGGGAGGAUAGACGUUACAUGCUGUAGGGGAAGCAUGCAAAGUUUUCCCUUUGAGCGUGAGCAGACCAUUUUUAAGAUUGCUUGAUGCUUCUUCAAAACCCUUUCCUAAUCUCUGCGCGCGCGAACUACAAGACACUUUUGCAUUUAGGCGCAACUAUGCGUGGCGUUCUAUAGCUAAGUCUUGUCCAUUCUUUUCUCUCUAAACUUACGCCUCUCUUUCUCUCUCCAAACCUUCAUUUACGCACUUUGAGGUUUGAAAAUGUUUUCUAAAUUUGAUGCAAAAUAUAUUUCGACAAAUAAUGGUUGCUGAAAGUUCAUUAUGGUUGGGAAAAUUGUUUCUUUUGUAAUUAUUAUUAGUUUGGUCCCAAAAUAACAUGAGCUUUGUAAUGGAUGAGAACCUACCCAGAACUGUGAAGUAAACCAUAUAAUACUCUUGUUUUUUUUAUCUCUUUUUGUAAGUUGAUGCGAAUAAAUGGGUAUGGUUCAUAUCAGAAUUCAUCGGGUUUGUUGGGUUUUUCUACUGGUUAGAAACAAAAUCUAUGAAUAAAGGGAGGUUGAGAUCAUUGCAUAGUGUUUGGCAAUGGAGAAUGUGCUUUUUUAGGCCCUAUUAUAAAUCUUCAUCGGCUUCUGCUCUAUUAGUUUCUGAGGAUGAAACCCUUGUUGCCAUCCCAAAAAUGUCCUCUUCUGCUAUUUGUAAUGAAAAAGCAACAGAGUGUUCUCGUUGCCCUAAAUUUCAUCAGGGAAGUCUUUUUCCCCUAGUUGUAAGGAUUCUCCAUACCCUUAAUGUGGAAACUCUCAAAAACCAUGGUUUCUCUGACUGUGUUGAGAAGUAUGGACAAGUUCACACAAUUAAAACAUUUGCCAUGUUGGUUCAUAUAUUUUCUCUGGCACAAAUGAACUCAGAGGUUUUCAAGUUAUUGAAGGAUAUAGUGAGUUAUCAGAAGCAUCUAGAUAGCCAAUUCUUCAAUUUUUUCAGUGUUUUAGUAGGAGAAUCAAGCCAUCUUAGUCGAAAGGCUUCAGUUUUUGAGACCCUCAUCAAGGUUUACGCAGAGUCUUCCAUGCUUGAUCAAGCAGUGGAUGCAUUUUCUCGGAUUAAAAAACUUGGUUUCAGACCCCAUAUUACCUCCUGUAAUUUCUUACUCAAGUGUUUGGUGGAUAGGGGUAAAUUGGAAGUUAUCUCUUAUGUAAUAUCUGAGAUGAAGCUCUUGGGCCCUGCCCCCAGUGUGUAUACUUACACUAUUUUGAUAUACUUCUACUGUAAAAAUAAAGAUAUAGAUCAAGCGGCAGAGAAUUUGAUUGAAAUGGAGAAGAAUGGUUUAACUCCAAAUGCUGUAACUUAUGGUACUUACAUUUAUGGUCUUUGUAGAGUGAGAAACACUGAAAUGGCUUUGAAGCUGCUUCGGGAUUUGAAAGCAAGAGGACUUUCUCUUACCAUAUACAGUUACAAUGCAAUCAUUCAUGGCUUGUGCUGUGAUGGGGAGUUGAAUGAAGCCAUGUUGAUUCUAGAGGAAAUGAAGAGCUCAGGAUUGUUGCCUGAUGUCCAUAGCUAUAGCAUUCUGAUUGAUGGGUUCUCGAAGAAGGGGGAUCUUGUAAAAAGCUUUGAUUUAUUGAAAGAGAUGGUUUAUGCGCGCUUAAAACCAAAUCUUGUAAGCUUUACCUCUCUCUUAAAUGGUAUAUGUAAGCACGGGGAAAUGGAUACUGCUGUCACCAUGUUUGAUGAACUAAAGGCUUGUGGUUUCAAGCUUGAUCACACUUUUUAUGGUAUUCUAAUCCAUGGGUUAUGUACAAAAGGGAGGAUGGAUGAAGCCAUUAAUCUUAUGGAGGAAAUGGUUGUUUUCAAUUUGGUUCCUGAUGUUUUUUGUUAUACCAAUCUAAUCCAUGGUUACUGCAAAGUAGGAUCCAUGGACUUGGCAGUGAGAUUAUUCAACCACAUGCUUUGCAAGGGUAUUUUACCAAAUGUUGUUACUUGCACUGUAAUUGUUGAUGGAUAUUGUAAAUGUGGGUAUAUUGAGGAAGCUUUUGAAUUUCUUGAUCAAAUGUUAGGGCAAAGCGUCAUUCCCAAUUGCUUCACUUACAAUGCAAUUAUUAAUGGCCUUUGCAUGGAAAGAAAAGCACAAUGGGCGCACAAUUUCUUCAAGAGCAUGGUUAAGAGGGGACUUGUUCCGGAUGUAGUAAUUUAUGGAACCCUUAUAGAUGGUCUAUGCAAAGAAGGUAGCCUAAUGGAGGCUUUCAAAUUAUAUGCUAGAAUGGCUAGAGAUGGGGUUCCCCCAAAUACUAUAAUAUACACAAACCUUAUUGAUGCGCUAUGCAAGAAGACUCGAAUGCAUGAAGCUUUAAAUAUAUUUGAGGAAAUGGUGAGAAAGGGUUUGGUGCCUGAUACUAUUUGUUACACAUCUAUAAUAGCUGGCUUUUGUAGAGUUGGUAAUAUGGCUAAGGCUUGGGAGCUUUACUCUGAGAUGGUUCAAAGUGGGUCUCAGCCUGAUGUCAUUACUUUUACAUGCCUAGUUGAUGGAUACCGUAAGUUGGGUAGGACACAUGAUGCUCUCAUGUUGGUUGAUGAGAUGAUAAAAAGUGACACUAUACCUAAUGUGGUGACCUACACAUCCUUAAUUACUGGAUUUCGAAACAUGGGUGAGUUGGAUAAAGCUUUUGAGGUGUAUGAUGCUAUGUUGGAAAAGGGUGUUUUACCAGAUUCUGUCACCUUUGCAGUUUUACAUAAAAAAGGCCAUAGAUGAGUGUUAUAGCGAAGAGUGUGGUUAAGCAACCUAAUAGCAAUUGUUAUACCUCGGCAUAUUUGAUGAGCUUCUACUUACACCAAGGUGAGAUCUUUGUAUUCUGCUUCAAUUUGUUACAUUCAAUCUCUGUACUUCACAGAAAUCCUACUUACAAAAUCACCACAAAUACCCCUGCAAGUGUUAAAAUAUGAUGGCACUAUCAGAAUGUGUGUCCUAUCUUGCUGGAACGCUUUCUCUUAUUCAUAGAUUUUUUUUUUAAAAAUAUGAUAAGUUAAUGCCUAUCAUAUUUGCCAUCACUCCCAUAUUUGGCCACUUCUUACUAAAGCAGAAUAUAUUUAUAUGUUCUCUGAUUAAAUUAUUUGUUAUUUGUUAACUUAAAACAGAGACAAUGUGAAAUUUUUCAUUGGUUUUUCUUUCAUACAUACAAUGGACAAAAUCCCUUGAUACUUACUGGAGCCAUAAUAAAAGUGUUUUCUUUUCCCCGUCACAUUGUUGCCUAUUUUGCAUGGGUCAUUCAUCCUAUGCUCCAUAUGAAUGUCAUCCACUGUUAAAGAUGUGUAUGUGUAUGGGUAUGGCAUGGACACGGCUUGAUUCUCCAUUCAAAAAGAUCUUGAAUAGAUGAUUCUCUGAGAUACAUUGAAUCCGACACUUCCAGAUUCUCAAUAGAAUGCGUGGGAUUCUUCUCUGGAAAGAAUCUUGUAGAAUAGUAUUAUAAUUUGAACUUUUAUUUAUUUUAAUAUCAAGUUUUUUAUUUAAACCCUAGACAUAGAGAAGGGGCGCGCAUCCCGAACUUCUGGUUCCACAAACACUAUUGUCUCCUGCCAAUAUCAUAGUCAAAUAUUUGUCAGUUCCUCACUAUAACUUUAUUGGAUUCUUCUUUGGUUCUUGUAUGAAUAUUAUGUGCAUCAAAGUCUUGCAUUUUUUUUUGCACUUGUACACCCAUCUUUCAUCACUAGUAUUUUGAUUUCUAAUCAGUUAUGCUCCUUAUCUUGGUGUGCGUGUGUGUGUGUGCGUGCGUUCAUGCUUGCGUAUGUGCAACAAGAUGAAGAGCAUGUUGAUUGAUAAAUCAAAAUGCUACAUUCACAUACAGGCUUGGUGAUAAAUGAAAAUGCGAGCUAAGACAACCACAACCAUGAUUGUGAAGACAAGCCAGGAGGCACAGAGCUCGAAUGAUGAUACAGGAACCCUCGAUUCACUCUCUCGCUAUAACUUGAGGAGUCUCUGACAUAUACAUGCACAGGUGCAAAAGAAUUAACAUUCAAAAAUAGGAAGAUGUCAAAGAAUUGGCAAUAUGGAUGACGGACAGGGAUUGUUGUCAUCAAGGUGCAAAAGAAAUAACAUUCAAGAGAGGAAGAUGCCAAAGAAUUGGUCAUACUGAUCAAGGAAGGGGAUUGGUUUCAUCAAGUGUGAUUUGAUGAUUCAAGGAAUGAGAUUGAAUAAUUAGAAAUGCUUCAUCCUUAUGGUACUAAGGAGAUCCAAGUGAAGACAAUUUGACGAAAUGGUUGACAAGGAAUGUCGUGAAAAUGGUGUUUGAGAAUAAACUGCAACAUCGUAACCCUCAUAAAAUCUCUGCAUAUGGUUGCCUUGUAGACCCAGCAUUGUGUGCAUUGAGAGAGAGAGAGAUAUGGUUAGUCAUUUUUUGAGAAGGUUAAUCAGGUGUUUGAUAUCCUUCUAAACAAGUGUUUGUGACUCUCUCUCAGGAAUAAACUGGUGUUUUUCGGCUAGCUUUGAGGUGUGGCUUUGGCCCUGCCCUUACAAAGUACUUUUAUCUUGUUGUAUCCUUUUCUUGUGGGUUGUUUGCUGGCUUUUUAUAUAUUUUCCCAAUAAUAUAUUGAUAUUCCUGAGAGAAACGUUGUUGAUAUGGAUUUCAAAA